GUUGACAUGGUCUGGUGAAUUUUGUUUACUAGCUUCCAAACAUAACAAAAAAAGUUUGAAAUGGUGUACAUAAGCUUGCGCUCGAACUUUUUGGAAUAUAUUCUGUUUGUAUAAAAUCAUAUUUUGCAGCCCUUCUUCACAAGUAUUAAGAAUGAUUAUUAUGGAUAUUUGUAUAGCUGUGAUCUGUCUAUUUGGUUUCGUGUCGUCUGCUACGGGCUUGCGUUGUUAUCAAUGCACCAGUGAUCAAUCCGGCAGUGGACCGUGUGCAGAUCCAUUACAAACCGAUAAUAUGCAAGUGGUCGAAGAUUGCAAGGGAACAUGUUAUGUUUCCUAUAGUCCAUCAGGUACAUCUCGAGGGUGCUAUAGCAGGACAUCCUUCUGCCUGGAAACCUGUCUCGGUCCAGACACAGACAUCAACGAUUGUCAACACUGCUGUGAUUGCGAUAACUGCAACGCUAUCACCGCAUCAAAGUUAGAAUCCUCUGGGGACGAUUAUAACUGUGUUGCAACCACACCGCCGUCGACAACGACGACUACCAGAUCCCCCACGAGUACUCUUCAGUCGACGACGAUGACAACGGCCGUUGAGGGUGUAGUCCUUCCACGGGGUCAUGCACAUGGACUAAAAAUGUCAUUAUAUGUAGUGUUUUUGUCAGCUCUAGUAGCUUCUGUGACGAUACUUUGACAUGGGAUGUAAAAUGUCUCCAGCUUAAUAAAAACUGUUUUGUUUAGGCCUACAUGUAUGUUUGUCAUAGUUCAUGCUGGUGUCCUCAGAAAUGGUCGGAGGUGGAGCAAUUUGGACAGCUCCCACCUAACGUGGUUUAUAUCUCAUUCGAUUCUAACAAUGACGUGUCCCCCCUUUUUUCUAGAUGAUUCUGAAGUUAUUACUGCCCCAUUUGUUUUUUUUUUUCAUUUUUGGGAACACUUUUUGGGAACAUAACAAAUGUUUACAGAUUUGUUAUAAUAGACAUAAUUUACAUGUAUGCUUAAGAUACAUGUAUGUCUAGAAUAGCAUUCCAGCUUAAUUAUUAUAAAGCAUUAACCUUAAUGAACAUUACUUGAUGGUGAUGUGGAUUUUUUAAUGGCUUCCACUGAAAUAUUUUGUUCAUCAUCAUCAGUAUACCACGGAUUAUUUAUCGAUAAUAUUAAUUAUGAAAUAUUGUUUAACCACUGAUAAAGGCUUUUGAUCAAUCAAAGAUUAUACAUAGCAAAAUUUGGGUCUUAUAUUAUGAAGGAGGAAAGUGAAGAAAUUUGCAAACUAAUUCUAACAUUCAGGCACAUGCCAAUAACUAUGGGAAUUCUAUUUUAUUUCAGGUUGAAUAGGAAAAUAGGCCUACCUCAUUCAAAUAUAUAUAUUUUAAGAGUAUUAUUCUGAAGUAUUUUCAUAAGGGUUGAUAAGUUCACUAUCGUGUCUCCUAUGAUUUUAGACACUUCUUUCUGUGCCCAUCUUUCAUACACAUGUCAUCCUUUUCUCCACCUCUCCCAGCACCUCUCCUGACUUUAAUCUCUGUCUUCAGGUUUCUUUCUUCUUUCUAAAAUUGCCCUUUAUUUAUGUUUAUAUACAAACAGGAUUGUUUGAUUUGUAAAUAAAAGGUAUAGACAUAUACCCAAUACUCAAAGGAAACCAAGUUUUAUUUUCAUCUUAUAGUUUAUGGUUAGGGGGAAAGGUGGGUAAUGUCAUUCACUCUGUUUAUAUCCUUAUCACCUCUUGAUCCAUCUUUUUAUUUCUCUCCCUAUCCCUCUAUUUUUUUUCUCUCUCUUUUUUGUUCUCUCCCUCUCAUAUCUCUCUC